GAGCUCCAUCACGGUGACGCUCCAGCGCAGCGGGUCUAACGGCACAUUGCAAGUAUGGCCGGGGACAGCGAGACACUUCUUAGGGACCGGGAUGAGAACUCCACCGUUAUUAGACAACCUUUUCUCAUCGGUGUCUCCGGUGGCACUGCUAGCGGCAAGUCAUCUGUGUGUGAGAAGAUCAUGGAGAAGCUGGGUCAGAAUGAAAUAGACCACCACCAGCGGCAGGUGGCAAUCCUCAGCCAGGACAGCUUCUACAAGGUGCUGACUCCAGAGCAGAAAGCCAAAGCACUAAAGGGCCAGUUCAACUUUGAUCAUCCAGAUGCCUUUGACAAUGAGCUCAUCAUGGAAACGCUCAGACAGAUACUUCAGGGAGAGACUGUGCAAAUCCCAGUUUACGACUUUGUUACUCAUUCUAGGAAAGAGGAGUUUGUUACGGUGUACCCGGCUGAUGUGGUCCUGUUUGAGGGCAUCCUCAUGUUCUACUCUCAGGAUAUCAGGGAUCUGUUCCAGAUGAAGCUGUUUGUUGACACAGAUCCAGACACACGGCUCUCACGUCGAGUUCUGAGGGACAUCAAUGAACGUGGCAGAGAACUGGAGCAAGUGCUGAGUCAGUAUAUUACUUUUGUAAAACCGGCGUUUGAGGAGUUCUGUUUGCCGUCAAAAAAGUAUGCAGAUUUGAUUAUUCCCAAAGGAGCAGAUAACAUCGUGGCCAUCAACUUGAUAGUUCAGCACAUCCAAGACAUUCUUAACGGUGGUCAGACCAAGCGACAAAACGACUUCCUGAACGGGGACAGUACCCCUCGGCAGCAGAGAACCUCUGAGUCGAGCAGCCGCCCUCACUGACAUCGUCGCAACUCUCUUCAUAGGGCGGAGAGGGGUGUGGGUGUCGCACUGUAAAUAGCGCCACCCUGGCUAUACUGUUUAAAAAAGCAAAAGACAGAAAAGUAAUUGCCUUGCAUUGAUCUGUUAUGGUUGUUUUUUUUGUCAAAACUGGAUAUAGAUUUUUGUUUGGAGGAUAAAGGAAGGGUCCUGUGAUGGAAGCCUUGGUAUUUAUUUUUUAUUGUAUCCCCUGCUAAACAAUGGACGUUUUUGCUGAUAGAAAAUAAAAAAAGUAAAGUUUUGUUUUUAAUUUUCUUUCUUUUGUGUCUCUGGUAAAACUUGAAGCCCUGAUGUUUGGGGCACCCUAUAAAUGUUUGAGGGUUUGAAACAAUAUGGUUUAAAGGAGGCCAAAGGCAGGUUGCUCUAUGUAUUGACAAUCUUGGGAGUUUUUCUCACCACUGUUUUGUCAAAGAUUUGGAUUUCCCCUGUUGAUUGGUUUGUGUAACAUUGCUGAAUUGUAUAUUGUAUUUUCCACUUCAGUGUUGCCUAUUGUCACAUGUUACAUUAAAGGCAAAUGCUAUAAAGUUUA